AUGACGCGCCUGAAAAGAGACGUUUCGUCGAACCCACAAUGUGCUCAUCAACAUGAGGAUCUGCUGCUGCUGUGUUCUCUAUCGAUGCUAGUAGUCGCCGUGGGAGUUACAUGGUGGUACUUUGUGGGAGGGUAUAGCCACGAUACCUGGAGUGUCUCUGCCAUGGCAUUCUCCAUUAUGAUACCCUUUCUGACCACAAUGGCCAAAGAAUCUACCGUCACGAAGAUCGAGCCAAAGAAGCGAGAAGAAGAGUUUGCGAGCUCCAGUCGCCAAGACUGUUCCCAAGGACAGCAGCACGAGGAUAUUGGGACUUGCAAUGAGAGCGAUGAGGCAUAUAAUAGCAGCAUCACUGUUAAUGAUCGUGGGGUCACAGUCACCCAUCAGAGGCAACAACGGCAAGAAGAAGACAACCAGAAAGAGGACAACCAACGGUCCACACAAGAUACCAACGUGGACUUCUCAACAUCCAUUCAGCGCAGCAUUGCGUUCUCAGAGGAAGAACAGACCAAGCAGAUUGCAAAAUACAUUGGAGGACGAAUCAUGUACGCUGAUAAGACUCCCGCCCAUGUACCUGCUGGAGAGACCUCGACGAAGCUACCCAACAACUUUCUGGACUUUUGUCAUGACAACAAACAACGGGCUCAGAAGCAAUGGGAGACACAUCAACAGUGGAGAGAGGAACGCAAUGUCCACAGGAUUCAUACCAAACCAGAUCCUUGCUUCAACGACAUUAAGAAGGCGUAUCCACACGUUUGUCACGGGUAUAGCAAGGAUGGUUGGGCUGUCAUGUACGAGCAUCCUGGACGAAUGGAUCUGAAAACUAUGUUCCAUUCGCAUAUCACCAAUGAAGAUAUUAUGCAUCAUGAUAUCUUUGUGUUGGAGUACGUCGCCAAUGUGUUGCAUCCCAGGAUCAUGGCGGAUCGUGCAGAUACUACAACAACCAACACCGAUUGGGGCAUGAUGGGAGUGCUUGACCUCAGCGGAGCAAAGGUGUCCGAGUUUUUGAGCACCGACGUAAUUCACUACUUGACCAUGAUUUCAAAAGUCAAUGACGACCAUUAUCCACUCCACGUCAAGAAGAUAUUCAUGAUCAAUGCACCCUUUUGGAUGGCACACGUCUUCAGCAUUAUCAAACCAGUGUUACCCAAAACAAUCGUCAUUGAAGUACUGGGGUCUAGGGACUCUCAAAAGUUUCUAGAAGAGUACAUUGAUAACGAUCAAUUGGCGCAAGAAUUUGGAGGAUCCAGUCCCUACAAAUUGGGAGAACAUCCUUACGAGUUGGAGCUCGUCAAAUUGGGACAAACGGGGACGGAAGCUGAUGAAGCGGAUAACGAUGAGUUUAGUAGUCCGAAGGAUACUGAGGAAGCUACUACUCCCGACGAACAGCCCAUACCAGUCGCUUACGUAGAGGAGACAUCCACCAACGACGCAGUUGACAAAAUUGCGGCAGUGGCGUCAAGUCCCUCAUCCGACGAGACAAGGUCGCUUUGGCCCAUCAAACUCCCAUCGCUAUGCUCUACGUUACUUUCUAGCUCCUCGCGUGAAGAGUCGGACGACGAGUUCAUUCCGGAGAUCAAUAGCCACAACCACGAAGCUGAUCACACGGAAAGAAGCUCUAUGCGCAAGUCGUUUGUGCGGACAGGGGGCCCGUUGCGGCCGAGACUGCCGUCCUUUGAACCCGUUUUGUCGCAGGACGAAGAAGAUCGGGUCAUGACCCAGUUGCUCAGUAGUAACAACAACAGUCCCAAGAUGAACCGAUUACGGACAUCCACCGAUGUCAGCACUGCGACCGACGAGGGCGACAAUGCCAGCAGACCAGGAACACCAUCCGGCAAAGUCAAUGCAAGCAGCCAAGCGAGUUCAUCCGAAGCAGUCAAGCACGAAGAUGAAGAGGCUACAGAUUCGUUUUUGGGGUGCGGCGACAUGCUCUGGACUUCGGUACUCGGGGCUUGUGGAUAA